AUACAUUAUUAAUUUCCUCAAAAGUACAUCACUCCCCCAUUUACAUUUACGUCAUUUACUUGUAGAUAAAGAUAUCUUAAACAUAUUCAUUCUUAUAAAACGCACGUUUACAUAUUCCUCUCUUCUGCGUUUUAUACAUUCACACUAUCGCUUACAUUAGUCGCACACUUAUCUCAUAUAAAUAUAUAUGAAAUACGCUCGAACAUUGAAAAAAAGAUGCUAUUAUUCUUAGACAUAAGAGCAACUGCGCAAAGAAAAGGAAUUGAAAAAAAUAUCUGGAAGACAGAAAGAAGAGGGGUCGGCAAUCUCGCUAUUCGCCGCUGAUAUGAAUCGCCGCGGGGCUGUAAGCUGUAGGAUGGACCAAAAUGGACGCAAUUGGAUGAAGGAAGACUCGUGGACACGACGAUGGCGUAGAUAGUUGUCCAGCAAAGUGACAAAGUCCACGCGACCGUCGCCCUCGCUCCUCACUACGCGAGUCCCGCGGUGAGAAUGUCGUGUCGCGAUCCCGACAACCUGAUGAUAAGCACGAGCGACGACGAGAGCUUCGACUACCUGUUCAAGAUCGUGCUGAUCGGCGACUGCGGCACAGGCAAGACCUGCGUGGUGCAGCGCUUCAGGUCCGGCACGUUCGUCGAGCGCCAUGGCAACACCAUCGGCGUCGACUUCACCAUGAAGACUGUCCUCAUAGACGGCAAGAAGAUCAAGCUACAAAUAUGGGAUACCGCAGGGCAGGAAAGAUUUCGAACGAUAACUCAGAGUUAUUAUAGAUCUGCAAAUGGAGUAAUUGUAGUUUAUGAUAUUACGAAGCGAUCGACAUUCUUAAGUUUGCAACGUUGGGUGGAAGAGGUCCGGAGGUACACGUCAUCUCAUGUGCUCCUAGUAUUAGUCGGUAAUAAAUGUGAUCUGGAAGAUCUGCGCGAGGUGAAGAAAGUGGAGGCCGAAGCCUUAUGUCAAUAUCUGCCUGAAGUUUUGCACAUAGUGGAGACCUCAGCCAAAGAUAACACAAAUAUCGACUCUAUCUUUUUCUAUCUGGCAUCGGAACUUAAGAGACGACAUGAUAAUCGUCAAAUUAGCGCGAGCGAAGAUGAAGUGGUGAAGCUCGGUGUCGGUCGAGAUCUGUCUUCUUGUUCGGGCUGCUCGUUUAAAAUAUUUUAAAUUUCGUUACAUAUAAUUUUUUUGAUGCGCUAUUUUCGAACGACCGAAAGUAAAGUUUCAUGUAACAAUCGACGUGUCCAGUGAUAAGAUAAAAGAUAGUCGACAAAUGUGAUAGCGAAUAAUUCCUUCAGCUUCAUAAGUUGGGACUUCUUAGAACGAUAAUUGAAACGUAAAAAAUUAUUAUAAGCGAAGGAUUUAUCUGAAAUAUCACAUAACUCUUGUAAUUUUUUUUCAAAAAUUUCACUGCCUUUUAUCUUAUUUCGUGAUAUAAAUUAACAUCUUUAAAACGAGAUACGUACGAUCAUUGUGAUUCUAUCAGUUAGCAACUGAUAGCAGAAAGAUACUUAGGUGCCAAAUUCAAAAUAUUAUCUUUCUAUUCACGCAGAACAGGACAACGUUCGCUGUUUUAAUCUCGAGCAAAAAAUGAAUCUCGCGAUAAAGAUCUAAUUUUUAGAAUAAGGCGGCUCACACUUCUGCUCCAAAAGUUUACUGGGAAGAGGCACAUAUGUGUAUUUUUAUAUACAAUUUAACAAAAACGUACAAAUAUAUACACUUAUACUUACGCAUGCAUACACGUAUUGAUACACUAUGAACACCACGGUGAAAUGUCUAAGAGAUCUCCCUAGAAAGAUCUUAGAGUAUUCUAGUGCCUUAAAAUGUUACACGUUUUCAUAUACUAAACGCGCACAAACAUUUGCGAAGUGUACUCGAGAAGUUUACAGAGAAUUUAAAUUGCGAGUGGUAACUUAAUGUUUUUUUUUUUAUUUAUUUAAUUUAUUUGCACGUACGAAAGUUGUUACGGCGAACGUGAGAUUUAGCCUCUCGAUCACCGAGCACCCACUUAGAAGCUGUAAAUACUAAUCCACAGCAUUCUCAGGGCGCAUUUUACGCUAAAAGCGGCCGUUUGAUUCUGAUCGAAUUCGGUUGGACUGUAUCAGUGCGCACUAGUGCACAUUAAAGUCAACGUACAUGAAUUGAUGUAAGAUGUGUGUUCAGUAUAAAUAUAUAAACAGAUUAAAUUAUGAAAUCUUCAAUACUCUUUUAUGUUAUUUGAUAAAAUACAAGUAUUAAAAAUUUUAUCAAUUGAGAUAUGUGCAAUUUAUUUUUAUACUAGAUCAAUGUGCAACGGCUUUAAUAUGCACUAGUGCAUAUUAGUACAUCCAACCAAAUUUGCUAUAAGCGUGUCUCCAUUAAAACUUGACAUUUUGCGAUCCACGUUGUCACGAUGUAAGAAUAUUAAUCUUAUCUAAAAGCAAAACAAAAUAUUUUUAACUUUAAUAGGUGUUUUUAUUUUAUCGUCUCGUGUUUGUACGGAAAGAAAUUUACGAUUUAAUUCGUAUCACAUAUCGUAACUUAUUUCAGUCAGUGCAAUAAUGUAAUAAAUAUAUAUAUAUAUAUAUAGCAAAAUGUUAAAGGUGACAUCCAGAUAACCGCAUUCAGCGUUAAAAGUGCAAUGUGAAUGGGCAAAUCUGUAGAAUGCGUUUCGUUUAAGUAAACGCUAUUGUUAUUUGUGAACAAACCGUAUAACGAAUCUCUAUUACUACUUAUAUGUAAAUUGUUGUAAUAUAUUUUUUUAAUACUUAUGUUGCGUGUAUUAUUCUCGAAAUACUCGUUGCGAUUGCAAAUUAUAUAUUUUUGAUAUGAGCUAAUUAAUACGUAAAUAUCUUGCGGUUACGUCCAAAUCAAAGUGUUCUCACGAAUCAAGAUAGAUCUAAUUUUUAUAACUUAUAUAAGUAUCUCGGUGUUUUUUAAAAAAGUAUUUUGUCAGAUAUGAAAUAGGAAGUAUAUUGACUUCCACACUGUUAAAUAAUAAAUGUAAUUAUAGAUAUGAUAUGAAAAUGUUUGAACCUAUGCGUAUGCAAAAGAGGGAUAUUAUACGCAAUUAAGUUCAUUAAAUUACAUUUUGAAUAUUGCAUGUUCAAAUAAUACACAUGGUAAUGUCUCAUGAGAUUGAUCAAAUGUCUCAAAAUUACGUACAAGUAUUUUGAAAUUUAAUGUUAAAUUUUAUUUGUAUCCUUCUGAGAAUAUAUACGUGUUAUAAAAAUUGAUGCUUUGUCUACUUUAUCUUCUUCUCGUUACGUAAAAACUUAUAAACUUUUUGAAACACUUGAUUAAUUUUAUGAGUAAUUAUAUCAUAUGAAAUUAUUAAAAAUAUUUAUUAUAUUCUACACAGUAUGUAUGUAGAGACAGUUGAAAAAUAUAUUUUUCAUUAAACUAUGUCAUGUGUAGCAUAAUAGUUUUGUUAGAGUUAACAAAACGGCUUCAUGUAUUGCAUUUCGAUAACAAUUUCAGAUAAUAGAAUUCACUUAUUACAAAACUUUACAUACAUGCAAAUUAAUUGCUUUGCGUCAACGUAGACUGACUCUAAAAAAAGAAGAUUCAUCACAGUGAUAAAGUUACUCUUUAUAUGCGUAAGUUGUUUAUGGUAAAAGAGUCAUUUAAAUAUUCAUUUAUACACAUUAUUAUUUGGUUUACGUGGAAUGGAACAGAUAAUUGUUCGAUAACUAUUUCUUCCAAUGUAAAUGAACAUGUAUGAUUAACAUUAAAAAGAUCAAAACACUAGCUGAUAACAUUCACUCUUUCUUUUAUUGCAUUAAAAUAAUAAUGUAGAAUAAGUGUGUUAAAACAGGUGAAGCGAGGUAGAAAAGACAACUCUAGAUGACAAUUCACAAAUGUUACAGAUGCGUAAAUUGAUCAUGAAUUUACAAAGAUUGAUUUUUAAUUUGAUCUUAAAUAUCAGAUGUGUAUCUGUUAUUAAUGCGACUUAAUUUAUAUUCUUCGUAUAUA